AUGAAGUCAGUAAUAGUGGCACAGGUCAGAUUCUACUCCGACAAGGCAGCUAGAUUCGUACCCAAGACGGGAGUAUACCCCAAAGGUUUUGCCGUGGGAGGAAUACAUUGCGGGGUGAAGAAAAAUGGAAAAUUGGACUUGGCCCUCUUGCAAAACCAGCACGGAAACGCUGUAGCUUCAGCAGUAUUCACCACCAACAAGUUUAAGGCCGCACCCGUACAAGUGUCCCAACGGAUAAUCAAGGAAACGGGUGGCCACGGCAUCAAUUCGUUGGUCAUCAACAGUGGUAAUGCCAAUGCGGUGACAGGAGCCAAAGGUAUAAAAGAUGCUGAAUCGAUGGUGACGGCGACAGAUGCUGCGUUUGGAAACGGCGAAAACUCUACUUUGGUGAUGUCCACAGGAGUGAUUGGUCAGAAGUUACCGAUUUCACCCAUUUUGAAGGGAAUUGAUACGUUGGCAGGAAGCUUGGGGUCGUCGCACCAACACUGGCUCGACUGUGCCAACGCCAUUUGCACCACCGAUACGUUUCCCAAACUUGUCACCAAGCAAUUUGAGUUGAACGGCAUCACCUACACGUUAGCUGGGUUGGCCAAGGGCGCAGGGAUGAUCAGCCCUAACAUGGCAACGUUGUUGGGAUUUUUUGUCACCGAUGCUCCGGUGACCGCACCUGCUUUACGGCUGAUCUUGCAAUACUCGGUAGACCGGUCGUUCAACAGUAUUUCGGUGGAUGGGGACAUGUCAACCAAUGACACGAUUGUGGCCAUUGCCAACGGGGCUGCAGGAGGAGAAGUAAUUGACCAAACCUCCAGUUCGGCUGUUUCUUAUAGCAAAUUGAGAAGUGAGGUGACAGACUUUGCCCAGCAGUUGGCACAGUUGGUGGUUCGUGAUGGAGAAGGUGCCACCAAGUUCAUAACAAUUACCGUUAAGGACUCGUUGAGUUUCUCCGAUGCCAAAACAAUUGCGUCCACCAUUGCCAACUCUUCCCUCUUCAAGACAGCCAUGUAUGGGAAAGAUGCCAACUGGGGUCGUAUAUUAUGUGCCAUCGGCUACUCAGACGUGAGUCUGUCUUCGUCGGUGCUCCCCGACAGAACCUCGGUGACGUUUGUGCCUUCUGAUGGAAUUGAGCCAUUGAAGGUGUUGGUGGACGGAGAGCCUGAAGAAGUUGACGAGGCUCGCGCAUCGGAACUUCUUGAGUUGGAGGACAUCAACAUCGAUAUCGACCUAGGAACUGGUGGUGGCCAGAGCGCUUCGUUCUGGACCUGUGACUUAUCACACGAGUAUGUUACCAUCAACGGAGACUACCGGUCAUAG